AUGAUCUCAACCAUCUCGCAGCAAUCACUUCUGCUCUUUUUGCCGCCGCUCGUGAUCCUAGCGGCAUGUCUGCUGAAACUGGCCUCGUUGACGUCUCGAUGGAAGGGUGCGCCGCCUGGUCCGCCGACGAGACUGUUUAUUGGAAAUCUGCACCAAAUACCCAAAAGAGACCUACAUUUGCAGUAUCAGCGAUGGGGUCAAGAGUACGGGCCGAUUUUCUCACUGAAGCUGGGUUCCCAGAACGUUGUCGUCCUGACCAGUGGUGAACUCAUCAAGAGGGUCGUCGACAAACGGAGUGGCAACUACUCGGAUCGGCCCAAGCUCUACAUGCAAGAUGUCUGGGAAGGCUCCAGGAUCAUCAUGCGAGGCUACGACUCCUUGUGGAAAGUCGAGCGUAAGCUCUACCAUCAAUUCCUGAACAUCAAUAAGGCGGCGCGCUAUGUGCCGUACCAGGACCUGGAGACCAAACAGAUGCUGGUCGACCUCUUGUCAGACCCUGAUGACUUUGAGAAUCUCAUCACGCGGACAACGUUGAGCAUGGCGACGAGCAUGGCAUACGGGUUCCGCGUCCUCGAUCCCAAGAGCGAGGUCAUGCAGGAGCUGUUCACCAACACCCACGGCUUCUUCGUCAUGGUGAACCAAAGUAAGCUCUUGGACUGGUAUCCGCAGCUGAGGCCCUUGGUCAGCGCCAUGCCGUCGUGGUUGUACCCGAUGGCGAGAAAGGCCAAGCACGUCUUUUAUCGAGAAAGGGCCCAAUUCCGCCAGUUGUAUGAGGCGGCAAAGCGCGCUGCCGAGGGCGACAACUCCCUUCCCAGUGAGUGCUGGAAUCAUACGCAGGAUUCAAACGGAGCUCUUCUCACGGACCACGCGGCCUCUUACAUUGCAGGGAUCGCAAUGGAAGGAGCAGCAGACACGACAAGUAACACUCUCGCCGGCAUGAUCAAGGCCAUGAUGCUAUUUCCCUCUGUCCAGGAAACUGCUCAGAAGGAGUUGGAUACCGUCGUUGGCCCAGACAGGCUGCCAACCAUGGACGAUUUCGAAUCGCUUCCUUAUAUUCGCCAGGUCACCAAAGAAGCAUUGAGAUGGCUUCCUACCGCCAUCAGUGGCGCCAUUCCGCACGCAGCCCUCACAGACGAUGAAGUCGAUGGAUAUAAAAUUCCAGCCGGCUGCACCAUUGUGUUGGCAGUGUGGUCUGCCAACAACGACCCUGACCUUUUCCCAAAUCCUCGAGAGUUUGACCCCACCAGACACAACGCCGACCUCACUUUCCACGAGGCCUCGUCCGCAUCCGACUAUAGAGACCGAGACAACUGGACCUUUGGGGCCGGAAGACGAAUCUGUCCCGGUAUUCAUGUUGCGGAGAAGACGCUGUUCCUGGCCACUGCUCGCUUACUGUGGACAUUCAACAUCUCCAAGGCCAGGGAUGAUCAGGGCCGAGAGAUUCAAGUCGACCGAGACGAGGUGACCCAGUCCAUCGCCGCUCGUCCAUUGCCGUUCCCGUGUCAAUUGACCCCUCGCAGCGACAAAUGUGUAAGGAUUGCUCGGGCGGAAUGGGAAGAGUCCCAAAAAUUGUUGGACGACGAGGGCAACUACAAGCACAGCGUCCUGGACUGA